AUGCUGCUGCUCGUAGUGUUUGUGGCCACAGCCUCUUGGUCUUAUGGAUUUGCACAGGAAAUUCCCAUGCAGAGUCCCAUAUCCAUCACCAAGUUUCAAAAAAGUGCACGGAUGACAUGUGAAAUUCAAACAUUAGAGGCAAAUUUUGAUGACAUCGUCAUACACUGGUAUAAGCAGAAGGAGGGUGAAGCUCCAGAGAGGCUUCUGUUUGUUUCAGGAGGCAAAGUUGCCGUUGAAAGUGGCUUUCAAGCAAACAGAUACAUGACUGAGAUAAGUUCUGUCCAGAAGCGGUGUGUUCUUACAAUAAAAGAUGUAAUUCCAGAUGAUGCUGCUACUUACUACUGUGCCUACUGGGAUCCUCACUAUUUCAAAGUGUUCGGCUCAGGUACAAAACUCAUUGUCUCAGAUAAAAGAAGUUCUCCCCCAAAGAACUCUGAAAUCCUGCAGACAAAACAUAAAAAUCAGAUCAUGUAUGUUUGCUUUAUUGAGAAAUUCUACCCAGAAGAUAUAAGGGUGACAUGGACUGAAGACGAAAAGGAGGUAACAGACAACGUAGUAAAAGGUGAUGCUUGGCAGGCCACAAAAGAGGAGGAAUACUCAAUUGCCAGUUGGUUAACUGUGCCAGCAGAGAGUGAAAACAAGAAAUACUACUGCAAAUAUGAACAUGAAGAGAAAAGUACUUCACUGCCAACACAAGACCGGGAGCUGUCGCGGUGUGCCGCCGGGGGCCGUGUAGUCUCACCGGCUCCUUGUCCAUGCAGCAGCUCAGUUCGAGCUCCACCUGCUCCCCUGCCUGCGCUGGCUGCUGGCGAGAGCAUUAUUUCACCCGCGGACUCAGAUUUGCAGCCACGGCCAGCACUAAGAACCCCCGCCACCAGCCCGAGUUCGCAGUACCCUUUUGAAAGACAGAGCACUCCCUGCUAUCGCCCCGCGGGCAGCUCCGCGCCCCCAUCCCAGCGCUCCCAUCCCAGCGCUCCCAUCCCAGCGCUCCCAUCCCAGCACUCGCAUCCCAGCGCUCGCAUCCCAGCACUCCCAUCCCAACGCUCCCAUCCCAGAGCUCGCAUCUCAGCGCUGCCGCCGGCCCGGGUCGGGCCCCAGGGCUUUGCCGCCCCCAGCGCGCCCGCGUCCCCUGCCGGCAGCAAUCAGAACUACACCCAGAGAGCAAAACUGCUCAGCGCGUCGGAAACUUCUGUUAUUGUGUCGUUAUGA